AUGCAGAUAGGUUGCGUGGGUCCCGCGGUGCCCACGCUUUUCCCAAUAGACCUGCACAUGCACAAUGCAGAAAUCUAUGCAGAGACAGACAUAUCCGUACCCCGUCUAUCUCCAGUUGCAGAAGCAGGACGGGUCUAUUUUCGAGUCGGCAAAGAAGUUAUUUACUGGUGCUCCAAAACCGGGGUGUUUGGCUCUCUUUGCGAACAUGCUUCAUCCGUUAUAUGUAUUGCUGCGGGAUCUGGACGUAUCUAUUCGGCUGACGAAAGUUCCAUUUUUUGCUGGAACUUGAACACUCAUACCAAGCUAGCGGAGAUAUCCGUUAAGAACACUGCACUCUUAUGGGCUUGUGGAGAUAUACUGCUUAUUAUAGGGAUGCAUUUCGCUCGGAGCUACAAGCUUUCAGAAAAUAUCCUUUCUCUGUUUCACGACCUUCCACUAGCCCCUCAAAUGACUCUGGGCACUAUUAUUUCAGCAGGAGUGGUGCAGACUGAUACGUUAUAUAGCUAUUUUUUGGUAGUACAAGUCCAAGAAGAUCAGGAGAUUGACAACUAUGUUCACAUAUGGACUACCCGAAGCCCUUUCAAUCACGCCUCAAGCGCUGCUCAAAGUAGGAUUGCAAUGCGCGAUGUCUUUCCGCAAUUCACUGAGCACGUAGAGCGGACGGAUUUACCUCUAUUAACAGAUCUCGAGCUAAGAUCUGUCAAAGCUAGGUACAGACAGCAUUUAACAGUCCAAUCAGCAUCCAUCCCAUGUGAUCAAUCUAAUUCUAUGGUACAAUUGACAAGUGAUAAAACAUUAUCGGCAUCCUCCAGACAAUUACCUGGUACCCGGGGGCGCACAGUCCUUGAUGUGAGAGUUUUGCUUUCAAACCAUGUGCUCUGUGUGUGCAAGGACAUGCUCUACCUAUACGGUUCUGAUUGGUCAAUUCUUUCUCGCAAAGACUUGGCGGGAGAUACCGUUUUGGCCAGCUACAUUCACCUAGAAAACAACUACUUAGUAGUGGGUCACGUAUCAGGAUAUGUUUCUAUAUAUAAUUGUACAUCUCUUGCUCUUAUCACCACCUUAGAUCUCCGACAGCAUGCACGUGUCAACGGAGCUAUUCUGGCAGUUGCUUUCUUGGAUAUAAAUAGCUAUCCAAAUGUGUUUGUAGUCUUUAGGAUAGGCGCAGUAUUUCUUGGUGAUAUUGCAUCACGUUCCAUUGCACCUUGCCUUGGACUUUGCACGCACCCAGCCUUCAUUAUUCCCUUUCGAGACCUUUGUCUUGUUACAACUGGCACUACCACGUUAAGAAUUAUUAGUUUCCAGACAUCUUUUAGUCCUAAGCUGCACGUCUACGUGCCCAGAUCCUUCUUUCUUGAACCAAGUUUCCACGGUCCCUGCUUAGAUUUUGUUAUAGAUCCCUACUACCAACACUACGCCUUUAUUGUUACUGACACACAUCUAAUUCUUUUAGAAGCACUAAUGCAUCGUCCGGAUGAAUCGAGAUCUAUGGAGUCUUACUUCAGGCUUAAGCAUAUAAGGAAAUGCAGUAAAAAGGGCCUUACGUUUGAUAGCAACAGCUACCAAGCUGGAUGUUUUGUUGCUGGCCCUCUUGCGCCUACUCAAAAGGAUCUGUCUCAGAAUGCAGUACUGAUGAACCAGGAGGAAAACAUGCCACUUUGGAUUUGCCUUCUAACGGACCAAGAACUACAUCUGCUCUCUGUUCCUGCUUUAGAUAGUCUGGCCGCUUACAGCCUUUUCUCAAGAAAGUGCACAUUCAACGCAUUGACUUCUUUUUUGGCAUGCGACAGAGGUGUGGCAUAUGGUGACUAUCUCUUGCUUUCUACCCGUUACCAGAAGUCCGUUUCUGUCCUCGCUACAACUGCAGAGCCACCAUAUAUUCGUAUAUGUGGAGUGUACUCCUUGGCAUCCAUGACCCUCUCGUGUGCUGCUGUUCAUCCUUCAUCGAUGUAUACCGUAAUAGUGCAUGAUGUUGGUGUUGGGCUUUAUACUCUACCGGAUUGCAAGUUAGUGUCUGUAUCUGCGCAUAAGAUCUUUGACGAAGGCGAGCACACUAUCUACUUUGACCCAGUGGGUGCCUAUUUCUUGGUGUCCACAGUUUUUCAUAAGCACAAUGCGUCUACACUUACCAUUUAUGAAUUUGGUACAGGGUCAGUGCACUGUUCGCUAGAUUUUAAUGGAAGGAUAAGACAGAUUGUAUUUAGUAGUGAUGUACACGCCAUCUUAUCUGAUGACAGAGGAAAUAUGUAUGAGCUACUAUACGACAUUCCAAUGAUUGCAGUGAUAACCGAUAUGAAGAAACACCUUAAGAGUUCAAAUAACUCUGUUACGUAUCUGUGGGCUGCAAUGGACGAUGUGAAGUGGGACUAA